AGCGGCUGCACAUACAUACUCUCAUCAGACUUGCAGCUCAGCGCUUGCUGCAUACACUUGCUGGUUUGCAACUUUUUCUUCCUCUCUCUCUCUCCCCUCCCUCACUUUGACGGGCAGCAAUGAAGUCAGAGUGAUGUCAUAUAAGGAUACGAGUGCCUGGCAAGGUGACAUAGGUUUUUGGUGAGUGGUAUUCUCCACAGCCAGCGUUGCCUAUCGAGAGAGGCGCCAGCGUUGCCUAUCGAGAGAGGCGCGGAGCUGCAAAAGAUGAUCAUCACCACCACCUCAAGCUCUGUCACGCUCUCUCCCUUUUCUACUCCUCUUUCGGGCUGUCAUUUCAUGCCAGAAGACCUUAUCUGCCUUCCAAAAAUAAGCCUUUACCACCAUGCCGAAGGAAGAAAAACAAGAAGACAGGUAUUUUUAGGGCCAUUAACUUUGACCACGUGCCCCGAAGGUAAACUGGAUGGCCAUUGUGCAAAGGUUCUUCAUCGGUAUGUGCAACGAGGCCAGCACGCACUGGACGUUGACUGCAAUUGUUCUCUUGGGGUCUCUAUUGGGGAUUGUGUCAUCAUAUCCGAUUCCAAGCAGGACUAAUGCAACUUUAUUGGAGCAAAGGUGGGAGACCCUCUUUUCCCGCUCUGUUCUGGGAAUCUCUGGGGCGAAAUCGGACAUGAACUGGGAGAGUGACUAUUUGAUGGGCAUCAAGAGAGUGCGGCGACUUUACUGCAACGUGGGCAUUGGAUUUCACCUGCAGAUCCUCCCUGACGGCAGGAUAAACGGUGUACAUAAUGAGAACCAGUACAGUCUAAUAGAGAUCUCUACGGUGGAGAGAGGAGUGAUAAGUAUGUAUGGGGUGAGAAGUGAGCUGUUUGUCGCAAUGAACAGCAGAGGAAGGUUGUAUGGAACGAAAUUCUUCCGGGAUGAGUGCAAGUUCAAGGAGACCUUGCUGCCAAACAACUACAAUGCCUAUGAGUCUUCGGUUUACAAGGGCUCCUACAUCGCCCUCAGCAAACAUGGCCGCGCAAAGAGAGGCAACAAGGCCACCACCGCCAUGACUGUCACACACUUCCUCCCCCGAUUAUCAUGAUCAAAGCUGGCAAUAACUCACUAAUUUGCACAUGUGGAGGUUCUCCAAGGUAAUAUAGAAUUAUACAAUAUAAAUAUAUACCAUUACAAAAGGACUGCAAAAAACUACACAAGUAUUUAUUAUCUUUAUAUAUGUAUAUUUGGAUAGCUACCUUUGUAUUAGAACUUAUGUAUAUGCCAUUAUUUGCUGCUUAUCAUUAUCGAUUGAGGAGUGUAUUUACACCUUUUCUGGAAGUACAUACCGGUCGUAACGGGAGUAAAUCAAGAUAAUUGCUUAGCCAAACUCCAUAACAAACGGAUUUUGACAUUAUAACGCUUGCAUAGCUGUCGAAUGGGAGCUUGAAUCAGAGCUUCCUGGGCGUUCUCUAACUCACAGAUACUGGGGCAGCUUCACCCUGUCUUUGGGGUGGAUGACUAAUAUCCUUAGCUUUUAGGAGUGAAAUGGAUACUUUUUAUUACCUCAAAGAACCACUUGACUGGAUAAAGAGAUGCAUGGAGUUACUGUAUGCUCAAAGUAAUACCUGUUUAGUCUAUCCUUUCUCUGAGACCUUUGAGCACUUGCUGGUUCACUCCCCUGUGUUCAAGAUUGCUGUUUUUUAGCAAAAAGGGGGAUUGAGAACGAGACUACUUAAAUGCACUUCCCUUGCUGAACGAUGUGAAGGUGCCUUGGUGUUCCCACUUGUGGCCCUCUUAAACUUGCAUGUAAGAGACACCCGCUGUAGUCAGAAAUAGGGCUGACACUCCGAGGAGGGCCUCAGGGGGGCAGGUCUAUCUCUGGUUUAUUUUCUUUUUCUGUAAUUAGAUUGAUUAAGUAAUAUACACUCUGGUACACAGAGAGAAGACUAGAGGAGAACUUCCAUGAGUGUGGGGAGGUAGAGAAACUCAGUUGGCCCCCCACAGUAGAAGUUUAACCGCCAUGUGAGACUCUAGUCUCUCCACAAGGUCAUUUAAACAUGGUGGGGCAGUUAUGUGUUACAGACUGGAUUCAAACCUCCUUUGUAUCAGAGCUCCUUUGCAUCAUGGCUUGAAAUGAACUGAAAAAGGGGCUGGCAUAAGAACGCACAAUAAAACAUGUAUCUGCUCACAAACUGGGACACUGCUGACAUACCCAAAAGCUUUAGCGUUUGGCUUUGGGUGAGUGUGUGAAAUGUAAAAUUGCAAGCUUUUGUGCAUCGCCAUACAUAAAGAUGUCUAUUAAACCAAUGAAAAAUGAUGUAAAUAUUGACAAAUGUGAAUCAGAAAAAAGAACCAGGAACAAGUUGCGUAGUUCAGGUUGCACAGUGACCAUCCAUGAUGGUGCCUGAUGUAUUUUUUGUUGUUGAGAAUCGUUCCCAUACAUGAUUAUUUAUUUAGUUGUUUAAGUGUGUUUGGUGAAAUCCCAUAGACCCCUCCCAGAUCAGUGUGCUCUGCAGCAGCACUGCAGUGGCAGAAAGUUGUUGGAAGCGGUAGUUUGAUGGUUUUAAAUGUAAUUACGGGAGGCUCAGUUCCUGGAGUCAUUGUGCAGCACUGGACUGAAGGACAGUGCAGUGCCUCAUAGUUAAUAGUGUUCUUUCCUCUGCUGCUGGUUACUUGAAAACUGAGGCUUCUCACUCUGCCCACCCCAAGUCACCCUCUGGGAAUGUUCUCUUUGGUGGAGCCGAGGAGGAGCAGGACUAUUUUAGCCUAGAAAAGACUUAUGGGAUGCGGCCUGCUGUCGCUGUUUGUUGAAUCCCCUGCAAGAAUGUGUCUCAUCCAGGAGGACUGGCUGCUCCCCACAUACUCCCCUUUAACCAGUACCACCCCGGUCGUCAGAUACCCCUGUGAAAACCCAUGGGGCUGGAGGGACCUUGGGAUUCCAGCAGUAACCCAGGAGCUUCUUCUCCUGCUUUAGUCCUUUUUUUAGUUCACAGUCCGAGUCAUGGACCAGUGUUGACCCUGACUCUGUGUCCAGGGGGGUCUGCUAUUUGAGUCACCCCCCCCUUUCCCCCCACUCCCAUCAAAUCAAUGUUUGUCUCUAUUUGAUAGUGUUAUCUCUCUAUUUGAUUAAUUUGCAAUGAAUUUGAUGUAAAGCUAGUUGAUUGGUUUUAAAGGGACAAACAGGGCUGUGCUGGGUUGAUUAUUUAUUUAUGGAAUUCUUCAUGCACUAUUUGAAUGGUCUCCAUAGAAAGACCAUCAGUGGCCUCCAAGACUUCCAUCUUGUCCUUAAUUGCUCUUAUAUGCGUGGCUUUAAAGCUACAGUCUGUGAUUGGUGCAUCCAUUUUUGGACUUUAAGUGUAAUGUAAUGAGCCUUUAUAGCCAUUUAUUCUUAAAGAAUAUAACUUAGAAAUGCCUCAUGACCUUAGUUAAACAGUCUUACCCCAUCAGAACCCAAAAUAUAAGCUUGGUUUAUUCCACUGUUUGUGAACAAUGUAAUUGUAAACAAACACUGUGGGUUAAAAAUAGGUUAAAACUAUAAAAACUAAUUGCUAGACAGCAUUUUGUUUUUCAAAUCAUAGACUGUAGCUUUAAAAAAAAAUAACUGUCAUUGUCACUUUUCAUAUCUGAUUGCCUGGCUGAGAAUGCAUGUGUCUGAGAUCUACAGUUAUUUGAGUUACGUCUUUAAUUUCUCUUGCCGAAGUUCAAACACUUGGUUUGAUGCGUCUACCCUGCAUUAAUGUGAAUGCAGAUUUCAUUUUUUGUUCCUCUCACACCCCUUCCCUCACACACUUGUGCGUAGCCUACAUCCAAAAACUUCCAGGGAGGGGACCUCUGCAGACUUGAUGCAGUACUUGAGACAAAGAGCAAAGUCACUGCAAGUCUCUAUCCUCCCAGUUCUCUGUCUCUACAGCAGGCCUUGUGGGCCACUGUGACGUCAACCAACCAACUGCUCUUCAGGAAUCACCUGGCUCUGCCUGAGAACCAAGGCUCUGAUGUCAAAAGACUGUGGACAAGAGCUUCCAAUCCUAUCUAAAACAACCCUUCCCUUACACUUUCGCAAUAUUAACCGAGAGGUCUUGGAACGGUUAUUUAAAGAUUUUAGUGGCACAUUGGAGUAUUGCAAGGGAGUUCCAUAUUGCAGCAUAAAUGUUAAACAAUUUCCACAGUUUACAAGAGUCCGUUGAUGUUAUUUUCAGGAGUGAUGGAAGCUUUCUCUAAAGGGCAGCACCUACCUGUACACUUACUAGUGGUGUGCAACAGGAAUUUACUUUUUUUAGGCUGGAUUGUUAUGGGCAUACAAUGAAUCUGUCACAUGGUAUAGUGGCCUGGAUCAAAUCUCCUUUUCCUUACUUGUUGUAAUGAGAAUAUAUGUACUGGAAGUAAAUCCUAUUGUUUGUCUAUUGGUUAAAGAGUGGUCUCAGAGAUCAGACUUAAGACGUAUUGCCGUUGUGACUGCAUGUGGUAUUACAUGAAAACAUUCUGGGAUAGUUAUUGACAUUGGUAAAUGGAAAAAUUAAUCAGAUACAUUGUUCUGAUAAAAGUGAGUCAAAUAUCUUUUUAAUAAGUUCAAUGUGAGUUCAUUUGAACAGCUUAAUCCUCAUGUCAACAUACCAGGGUGUGAAGUGUGUGUGAAGUGUGUGUGUGUCUGUGUGUGUCUGUGUGUGUCUGUGUGUGUGUGUGUGUGUGUGUGUGUGUGAGUCUUGCACACCCUCCCUCAAAGUCAACAAGAUGUCAAAGGUGCACCUUAUCAGAGAUCUUGAAAAUAUUGAAAGUAGUGCUGCUUGUGGAAAGUGAAGGUUUGCCAUCUUCAAAGUAGCUUAUAAAAUGGUGUCUUUCCUAUGUCUGAGCAUGGUAACGGGAUAGUGAGGCAACUAAAAGCUGGAAGCCUAAAGAUUACAGGUUCAUAUUCUGUUCCCUAUCAGACUUGACCAAAACAUACGACCACAAUAAAUUCUAGUUCUGUUUGAAAAUGAUUUGUGAAAUGUGUCAAUGAACUUCAGCAGAGAAGGCAUCCUGUUAUCAUGCUUGAUUGGGAGUGUGUCUGCAUGUGUUUCCCUUGUGUGUUUCGGGAAAACUUUCUUUCUCCUGGUUUUGUACCCCUGCACUAAGGGGAGUGAGCUUCCACCUAUGCCCCUUCUCUCUGUUAACAUAUACCUCACCUUCUGCCUUAGUUUUAAUUUGUUAUGACGAUUGUAAAAUAGUAGACUUCUGCAAUCAUUUAUUUCUGAAAAACUGAUGAGGCUACGUAAGAAAACUAAUAUAUUGAAAAUGUUUUUCCUUUUAUUUUUGUACGUAUGUGCUGUGCACAGCAUUCUACUGUAUUCCUGAGAUACCAAUAAACGUUUGUUUUAUA